ACGCAUUGGCGCUUAAAUCACUCGUCUCAAAAUUCGGAAUGUUUAAUUUUGACUUUUGACACUUGCGAUAAUGUAAUCAAAACGCACAGUGAUUGAUGCUACGCUUUAUUAUACCGUGCGUUUUAAGGUCUCGGAGUGUCGAACAAGUAAAUGUUUUUCCAACAAGCAAGUUAUUUGUUUCGUACGCGAGAAGAGAACACGGCAAAAUGGUUAAGUAUCUGAAUCAGUCGGAAGCCAUCAACAUCGACAAGGAUCUGUUCGAGAACUACAAGUUCAGCGUCGAUCAGCUGAUGGAACUGGCCGGACAGAGUUGCGCUGUUGCAAUUGCCAAAUCCUAUCCGCUGUCGGAAGGUUCCGCCGCUGCGAACAGGGUGCUGGUGUGUUGCGGACCGGGCAACAACGGCGGCGACGGUCUUGUCUGCGCGAGACAUCUGAAACACUUUGGAUACUCGCCGGAAAUUUACUAUCCAAAACGGCCGAGCAACGCGUUGUACGAAAGAUUGUUUCAUCAAUGCGUUGAAAAUGACAUUCCCGUGCUGGAGUGGCAACAGAUAGAGAAAGCGAGGGAUUCCACAAGUUUGCGGGAAUACAACGUCGUCGUGGACGCUCUUCUCGGAUUUAGUUUCAAACCGCCGGUCAGAGAGCCGUUCGUCCAAAUCAUUGACUUGCUGAAAACCACAACUGUUCCUAUUUGUAGCGUUGACAUACCCUCGGGCUGGCACGUAGAGAAUGGUCCGCCAGAAGAGGGUGGCAUAACGCCACAGAUGUUGGUAUCUCUGACAGCACCGAAGAUGUGCGCGACCAAGUUCAAAGGAAGAUUCCACUACCUGGGCGGACGCUUUGUGCCCAAGAAGUUGGAAUUGCAAUACAAUCUUGAAUUACCAAAAUAUCAUGGUACUGAUCUUGUUACUCAAUUGUAAUAACCGAUCCUUUCUCUCCUUAUGAGAGAAAAUACAUUCAAUGUUUUGUAUUGAUUAUAUUGUAAAAAAAAAAAAAACACAGUUAUAUUGUAU